AUGGACGACCCAUUCGACGACGUCCUCAACCUCGAGGAGCAGUUCUUCGCCGAGGGCUUCCGCCAGGGCACCGCGGACGGCAUCCUCGCCGGCAAGAUCGAGGGCCGCUCCGUCGGCCUCGCAAAGGGCUACGAGAAGUUCCUCGAGAGCGGCAGGAUACACGGCCGCUCCGUCGUCUGGGCCAACAGGCUGUCGCUCCCGCAAAAGACGGCCGCCGGCGCCAGGGCUUCAUCGUCGGAGGAAGAGAAGGAAUCAAAGACGUGCUCUCUGCCGCCGCUGGCGCCAAACGCGCGGCUCGAGAAGAACGUCACCGCGGCAUUCGCUCUCGUCGAGCCCGAGACCCUGUCCAAGGAGAACAACGACGACGCCGUCAACGACUUUGACGACCGGUUCAAGAGGGCUCAGGGCAAGGUCAAGAUCAUUGAGCGGAUGACGGGGGAGGGGGCUGCGGCCAAGGAGCCUGCUGAGGCUCCGAAGGUUGCGGAGGCAAAUGAGGCAUGA